AUGGAAUUUCUGUCCUCCAUAUUCAAAACACUCGCCCUAAACAUGGUCAACCCGCCGAGUGCGGAUGACUCCGCGCCCAAAGAGCAAGAUGUAAUCGAUCGUACCGCAAACCCUUACCAACCUACCGCCAUGGAGGUAAUCUUCGUGAGGGCGAUGCUGGAAAGGGCUCUUCAACUGCCACCUGAGAUUAUUAACAGUGUCAUCGAUCAUGCCGAGUACUGGCCCCAUGCAUCGACCCUCAUCGACUACAGUAGUUGGCCCCAAACAGAAAGGGUUGUCCACGCGGGAGACCCCAACUCGGAGAACGUCUUCUUGCUGCGCACGCUUCCCCUUGGUUUCGUCAAGCCGCCUUCUUCGUUCUUCAAACAUGACCGCAACCGCGAAGCCCCGCUUGAGCCCAUUCCUCGCGAGCCCAAAGAGUUCCCCGUCGACGCUUAUCAGUCCCGCAUAUCCCCCACCCUCAGCCACCCAUGCCGCAAAAUCAAGUUCACCAUCGUCUCCCACGACCAAGGCUGGGGCGGGCAAGGCCACCGCCGGACCUACAAUCAGUCUUACACCUGGUUCGAUGUCGGCCUCGAAAGGUGUCUCCAAACCAAGGACGGCAUUGACCAGCCGACAUUUGAUCCGCAGACUCUCUCCACUCUUAUUCCCAGAGUGCACGAGGUUGAUCCCGAGGCUGAGGGCGAUCGCCAUCUGCAGGGACCGCACACUUUCGACUUUCCGCUCAUUGCUGAGCCAGAUACUAUGAUCCAGUGCAACGAGGUGGCUAAUUCAACAUACCACCAAUACGAGGUAGAGUGGAAGUGGACCGACGACACGUCGAGCGCUGAUUUUUUCGACACCGGCCAUGGUUGUGAGGAGGGCAUGCUGGAAAACCCCUUGCCCAAAAUCGGCCGCGGCCAGGCCACCGGCGACGGAAAGUUCGUACGGGAUUUGAAGCUCGGUGAUGUGGUCACUGUCUGGGCCAAGGCGAGGUUCCCAGGUUGGGCCAACCAUAUCAAGCGCAUCCAGGUGGAUGUUUACUGGGUCGUUUGA